AUGCAGCGCGCCACGUCAACCUUUUUGUCCGUCACCAGGAGAAUCGCCUCCUCCAAUGUCAAUGCCACCUGGUCCAUGUCGACCCGUCAGUCCACACCACUUAUUUUCAAAGUCAACGACACUGCUCCCUUCGCAAAGACUAUGGCUAUGGCCUUGAACGCCUCCACCUGCCAGCAGCUCAGAGGCUAUGCUUCCAAGAAAGGCGGCAAGAGUGGCAAGGGUGGAAAGAAGGGCGGUGAUGACGAUGAUGAGGAUGACCGCAAGGGAAAGGGCAAGUCCUCUGGAGGAUUGGCUCCCUCGGGCGAGAUGUCGUUUGAUCUGUUGGAUUUGGAAAAGAAGAUGGGCCAGUGCCUUGAGCGCCUCAAGAGGGAUUUUAUGACCAUGCGCGCUGGAACUGCCAACCCUGCCAUUCUGGAUCCUGUGAGUGUUAAGGUUGAGAACAAGAUGGUCCCUUUGCGCGAUCUGGCUCAGGUUUCCAUCAAGGACGCAAAGACAUUGAUGGUCAACGUCAACGAUGUCGAGCUUACCGGUGCUAUUGAGAAAGCGAUCCGUGAGGCUGGACUCAACUUGAACCCUAUUGCAGAUAACAAGGCCGUUCGCGUUCCCGUGCCAAAGCCAACUAAGGAAUUCCGCGAGUCGCUCACAAAGCUGGCCGCAGCAAGCACGGAGAAGGCAAAAACCAUUAUUCGCAAGCUGAGACAGGAUGGCAUGAAGGAGUUGAAGAAGGACCUUAAGGCCGGCAUGAGCGAGGAUGAAAAUUACGGUUUGGAGAAGAAAGCCCAGACGUUACAUGACAAGUAUAUCAAGGACGCCGAGGACGCACUCAAAGUCAAGACCAAGGAGAUCAUGGCAAACUAA